AUGGCGAACAAUUUUUCCUGUGGGAAGCUCACGGACUGGGUCAACCAUUCCAAUACCUAUCUAGAAAGGUCAUCACCGAUACUUUUAGUGGUCUUUGCAAUGCUGAUUCCACCGGCAGCCAUCCUAAACGCGCUCGUCCUCGUAGUUAUAUGGAGACGCCGUAUUUUACAAACGACAUCGAACCUUUUCUUACGAAACCUUGCUCUGUCGGACCUGGCCGUUGCAAUCUGGGUAUUACCUUUAUUGAUGACGUGUAGUGCAGUUAAUAUCAGUCACAUAAGUGAACGUAUAAUUUGCAAUGUCGCAAACGUUGCUAGCGUGAGCUCUCAUAUAUUUGGUUCUGUUUCGUUUCUUACCAUGACAGCCGCUACAGUUGAUCGGUACCUUGCUCUGUAUCUACAUCUGAGAUACACAGCUGUAGUCACCAGGAAACGAGUCAUCUACUCAUGUAUAGGACUGUGGCUAAUAUCUAUAGUGACGAGCAUUAUUCUACCGGUAAGUUUUGCACUAUACAAGACUGUUGUAGUUUUGUUUUUUUCUGGUAGCAUGAUGACCAUAAUGUUCUGCUACUACAAGAUGUAUCGCAUACUUAAGUACCACCAUGCCCAGAUACAGAUUCAAAUGGCUGGCCAACCAGUUGCAGCUCUUCCAAACAUGAACAAGUACAAAUCAUCAGUCAUGAACCUUGUGUACAUUUUCCUGUUGUAUAUCGUGUUGUAUGUUCCCUAUAUAUUUGGGUGUAUGAUGCCUAUGGAAAACAUGAAACAAAAACAUGAAGCUAUGAUAACAAUGAUGGUUGGAUUGGUUCUUAUUUUUCUGAACUCUACUCUCAAUCCCCUGUUGUAUUGCUGGAGACAGAUGGAGAUUCGAAACGCUAUUAAAGAUACAGUGGGCUGGCGACCUGCUAUGUGCAUGACCUCUGAAUCAAUACGUAGCCUCCGAACCUACCCACCAAUAACAUCAAAGGCAUCAUCCAACACACUAUCAUCACCAUCAACCAUCAAUAACAUCAACAACAUCAUCCAAGACACCAACAUCACCCAUCAAUAA